GAGUUUUCCACUGACGAAAAAGGGCAGCGCAAGCAGCUGGAGGAGGAGCGGCGGCGGCAGCAGCAGCAGCGGCGGCGGCGGCGGCGCCCUGCAGAUCACAGCCGCGCCAAGCACGGACAGGCAGCUCAGCGCUUCUGCUGCUGCUGGUGGUGCCUCCGCGGCGAUGCGCGCCUGAGCUGCCGCUCCGCCAGCCGGAUUUCCCUGAAGCCGUUUCUGCACUCUCUCCACUCCAACGGCGGAUGUCCCUGGAGCCUCGAGCGGCGCCGAUAGAAGAAAAAUCUCAUCCUAAUCAUGGCAGGAAUGCUAAAACGGAAACAUGAUGAAUUGGAAGAUGAUGUUUCAUACAUCUCUUCUUCAUCAUCAUCAUCUCCUUUCUCAUCUUCCUCAGCUUUGUCAGGUUGGGAAUCUGACGAAGAAAUCUCUCAAGGAGGCAUCAAGCCCACUGUGGCCUUAAACAUGGAUUUCACCCCAACCUCCAUCCUGAAGAAAAGCAAGCGGCAGAAGCGGGCCAACGUCGAAUUCGACCGGGUCACAGUUUUCUAUUUCCCACGUCGCCAAGGAUUCACCACCGUGCCUAGCUAUGGGGGCUGCACUUUGGGGAUGGCUAGGAAGCAUGGAUUCUCCCGGGAGUUCACCAUCUCGGAGUUUGGCAAACAGCAGCAGAUCGUCCGGAAAGAGAAGGCGAAGGACAGGCUGAAAGAAGAGAAGCUGCAAGCCCUUAAAUCAAAACUGACUAUGAAUGGUACGAAGGAGUCGGAGGAAGCCAAACGGCUGACCAUAGACGACAUCUCAUUGGACGACAUCGACAUGAGCCAUGUGGAUCUGAACAACGGCCUCUUCCUCCAGCCGUACACCGCCAAGAAGAGGCGCGCCUUGCUCAAGUCCAUGGGAGUCAAGAAGAUCGACAGAGAGGAGAAGCGGCAGCUGCAAAGGAUUCGCAUUUCUCGGGAGAACUGUGGCUGUAACUGCCAGGGGUUUUGUGAUGCUGAAACCUGCAGCUGCAGCUUGGCAGGAAUUAAAUGCCAGAUGGAUUACACCUCCUUUCCUUGCGGCUGCACCAGAGAUGGCUGUGGGAAUACAGAGGGGAGAGUUGAGUUCAACCAAAGUCGAGUGCAUACGCAUUUCAUCCACACCAUCAUGAGACUGGAAUUGGAAGAGAACCAAAAAAACGGCAACAGUAAUCCUGAGCCUGAGCUAUCCUUCCGGGACCAUCUUCGCCCAUUUGCCAACCAGGCUUCCUAUGAAGAAAGGGACGUCACGCUGACGCCCGCCUUCAACUUCACCACCACCUUGGAGACCGUCAGCGAGAACAGCUGCAGCAGCAACAUGACCGACUCAUCGGCAUCAUCCAACCAGAGUGAGGAUUUGGAAGAGUUGUUUGAAAGGAACGCCAAGUCACAGUCGGACAUCGAUGACAACGGCCUGGCUCGGAUCCUCCACUUCAAUGAUUCGGAUGGAGAAGAAGAAGACAUCAGUAGUGUUGGCCACUGCCAGGAUAAUUUGAGUUCUUUCAACCCUUGCGAUUUCUUCAGUGUGGAUGUGGAGAACCAUUGUGCCACCAACCCUGUUGAGGAGAUCGGCUUCAGCAGUAGUUCUGGUUAUUUAAGAAACGUCAGUGAAUGCUUGGACGAGAACACCAAUCAGGGGCCGAGCAGUGUCUUUGAGGAGAUCCCCGCUGGACAGGAUGAAGAAGAAGGUACCAGCUAUUCCCCAUCUUCCUUUGAAGAAGUGGACUCCAAGAACUACAUGGAUCUGAGUUUUUCCUCCGACUCUUUGGAUGUUUUCCAGUCCUUUUCAGAUUAUAAUCUGGGACCUCUGUAUAACUCCCUGAAGGAGUACGAGAAUGUGGACAACUUCACCGUUUUGCAACUGCAGGUGCCAAAUCUGCCCACCUUGAUUCAGCCUGCAGAUCAGAACAAUUGCUUUCUGGAGUCCUUGAUCGGGUUGUCUGAAUCCAUCCCAGAAAUCCCUGCACCUUUUUCAGACAACCAGCUUCUUGAAGAUGCCAUAAAAUCAUCUCUAGUGGAGACCAUGAAGGUUUAAAAAUUUUGUACUUUUUUGUUUGUUUGUGUGUGCCUGAAAGGAAAGGCUGGACAGUUCCACAUUUCUUACGAUGAAUAAAACAUUCCUUUUCUGUUAGGUGCUGGGAAGAAGAUCUUCCUAAGCAGAUAAAUCAAUAUUAUUUUUAUUUUGGACACUUUGUGGAGAGAAAAAAAAAGUGCUAAAGUUUUUGUUUUGUUUGUUUUUUACUAUUUGUGAAAACCUUUUGAGAUCUUAAUGGCAUUUCUGGGGGUGGGGGUGGAAGGCGAAUUUUGCAAAUUCAAACAUAAUUUUCUUGCAUUUUGUAUGAGAAGGGGGGAGAUGGGGAGACUUUGUAAGGAAUAUCACUUGUAUAUCUUUAAGUUUGUGGAUUACUGACCCAGGCACCUUCUACAAAAUAUGCUGAAAUAUUUGUGGACAAUUUUUCUGCAAUUGCUUCAUGAGAAUUACAGAAGUGUAUUUAUUGUGCAAAUGAUUUUGCUAUUGAUGAAAUGGGAAAACGUUUACAACCGGGGAAAUAAUUAUGUUGUUUGCCUUAUUUCUUUGCUCCCCUAUUUAUUGGAAAGGAUCACCAAUUUAAACAAGCUUCAACAAAGCAUGGGAUUUUAUUUAAAUUAGUUAUAGAUUGUGUUAUAUAUAUAUAUAUUAUGUACAAUCAUUUUCUUUUUGCAUAAUAUAUAUUAUUAUUUAUUUGUCACAGGCUUCUCAGUUAGGCUGUGGCCAGUUAAGGUGCUGAAAGGGAAAGAGAUAUUUGGCAGACCAGCCCUUGAGGAUUUAUUUUGCAUUAGGUAUCCCUUACUUCGUCUCCCCUUCGCCUCCUUUGGAUUAAACACCAAGAUGAAGACAUCUUAAACUGCAUCUUCUCCUUCCACCCUCCCUCCCUCCCUAAUUUCUUCCUUCCUUCCCUCCCUAACUCCUCCCUCCCUCCCUCCCUCCCUCCCUCCUUUCCUCUCUUCCUCCCUCCUUGCAAGAAUUAAGGAGGGGGGAGAGCGGAAAGGAAGGAAGCUUCCCUCCCACUCUCCCUAACCCCUCCCUCCCUCCUUCCCCCUCUUCCUCCCUCCUUGUAAGUAUUAAGGAGGGAGGGAGGGCAGAAAGGAAGGAAGCUUCCCUCCCUAACUCCUCCCUCCCUCCAUAACCCCUUGCAACAAUGAAGAAGAGAAUUAGGGAGGCAGGAUUCCUUCCUGCUCUCCCCUCUCCCUCCCCUCUUUAAUUCCUUCCUCCCUCCCUCUUUCCCUUCCUCACAUAUCUACACUAUGGGUUUUGAAAUCCUAUUCCACAAUCUUGGAUUCCUCUAGGAAGAAUUUAAGAAUCUGGCCAUGGGAGGGUGAGGGGAAAGGUCUCGGAAGGUUUAACAGGUCGCCCCCAAACAUGCUUUUUGUCUCUUUCCCUUCUACCUUUUUUUCUGGUGAUUCCUAACCUUGUUUUCCGGAGUGUAUGGAAUUGAUUCCAAAGAUGUUUUGCUUUGUUAAUGCAGAUGCAGCCUAGAGGUUUUGGAUCUAAAUUUGGAAAAAUAUAUUAUUUGCUACCUACUUCAAAUAUUUGGACAAAGUAGGGCACAUGCAGUAAAGGGGGCUAUUUUUGCUGGAGAUCAGCAGAAUUUUGAAAUAUUUGUGAUGGAUAUAACUGCUGUGCAAUUGUUUUGGAAUCGUAGCCAUUGCUUAGCAAAGAAAUUGAGCCUUGAAAGGUGGGAAUGGAAGCCUUCUAAAUCUGUGUUUCUCAACACUUCAAGUUCCAGAAUUUCCCAGCCAGCCAUGGCUGGCUGCAGAAUUCUGGGAAUUGAAACUACACAGUGUAAAGUAGUUGAGAAGCACUGUUCUAAAUGUUGCAAUACAGCUGAAAGUGACUGCUGUCAGCAGCCUUUCAACUGCAGAGUUCAUGCAUUGUAUUAUGAAAGAGCAGCAUCUUGCUACUAUUUAAGGAGGGGGAAACACCCCCCCCCCCGAUUUCUACAGUUUUGUACUUGAUAAGACUGGUAGUUAAAUACGACAAAUUUAUCAAACUCUAAACUAUUAAGAGAGAGGAACAAAAC